AUGCCAGUAUAUGACCAGCCACGGAGGCGUUAUCUUGGAGGAAUUGCUGCCCUGUUAGGUGUAGUGUUUAUUUGGGUGGGAUCUUCAUUCGCAAUGAACAGUAUAUUUGGAGAACAAAAUUACAAUAAACCCUUCUUGGUUACAUAUCUCAAUACAGCGACCUUUUCAUUCUACUUGAUACCUCUUCUUUUCAAGCGACCUCCACCAAAAUAUACAACUGAAGAGUCUACAAAUAGAUACAGCGAAACAGUAAUUGCCGAUAACCAAACCAUCCAAGAAACCCCUAAUCAGAUGGAUACAAAGCUUAGCACCAUAGAGACUGUCAGGCUUAGUUUUGCCUUCUGUAUACUCUGGUUCUUUGCAAAUUAUACGACCAAUGCCAGCCUUGCCUACACCAGUGUAGGAAGUAGUACAAUCUUAGCCUCCAUGUCAGGUCUAUUCACGCUCGGUAUCGGCUCUGUGUUUGGUGUCGAGAAACUCAACACAACCAAAGUAGUAUCUGUGUGCAUAAGUCUGAUGGGUGUUAUCCUAGUGUCAUACUCAGACCAGCUCAGUAGCAACCCUGUCCCUUCAGACCUUUCAUCUCUUACCAGAUUCAAUCUCCCUGCACCUCUUAUCGGGGACAUGUUGGCUCUUUCUGGUGCGGUAUUCUAUGGCUGUUACACAACUAUGCUUAAGCUGCGGAUUGGAGAUGAGUCUCGCAUCAACAUGCCUCUGUUCUUUGGCUUUGUUGGGGCCUUCAAUGUUGUCCUUUUGUGGCCAGUAUUUCCUCUUCUGCACUGGCUUGGCUUGGAAACAUUCGAAUUACCGCCUACUUCAACUCUGUGGUUUAUGGUUUUAUUGAAUGCUUUCAUAGGAACAUUCUUAUCUGAUUACUUGUGGUUACUGGCUAUGUUGAUGACCUCUCCAUUGGUGGUGACACUAGGAAUCUCACUGACGAUUCCCCUUGCUCUGAUAGGCGAUAUUGUCUUUAAACAUUUUGAACCUGGAUUCCAAUACGCGCUUGGUGCUGUACUAGUUGGAGUAGGCUUCUUUGCGGUAAAUAUGGAUGCUCUUCGAGAAGUAGAAGAAGAAACUGUCUUUAACGAUAUUGAGGACACGAUCCAAGAUACAUCAUACCAAUCAAUUAACUCCAGCCAUUAA